AUGGGACCUGUGUUGUGGCUCCUCUUUUUCUCCUUCAUUCCGGGCCUUUUGUGCGAGGUCUCGACGAUCCCAAAUCUCAAGCUGUCCACGGAAAAUGUUCUCUUUCCUCUGCCUUUCAAAUGCUACCCUUACCCUGAGGACCCAUCAAGCCUGACUGAGCCAUACUAUUCUCUUUGCCUAAAAUUUUCACCCCUUGCGACGGGGUUUUUCCGACCGACAUAUAUUCCUGUUAUCCCUAAGGGAACCCCCCCAAAUUCUCCCCUUAAUUGCUCCACUCAGUUUAACACCAUUUUUCCUGAACUGAAUUUUACGCUCUCUUUUGUUAUUCCGCAAUCUGUUUCGGCAUUGACGCUUGCCGGUCUCUUUCCGAUGACCGAUAUUAAGACGGGGGAACCCUUUGAGAAUGGGAUCCAGCUUGCUGAAGCCAUGCGUUGCGCAGUUAAGAAUAUCAAUUCCGAUCAAGACAUUCUCCCGCAUACGCGUUUAAACUUCCAGGUAUGGGACACGCAUGGCAGAGCCUCAUCGGCAAUAAAUUCUGCAUAUUUGGCCAUGCAGGCAAAUGUUACGGCCUUUGUUGGGCUCACCACCUAUGAGGAAGUCUUCAGCGUUGCUCCCUUGAUUAAUCCCUCAUUGCUCAGCAUCACAUCUGGAGUUGCCUCGUCAACAUUCUUGGUUGACAAAGUCCUGUUCCCCACCUUUUACCGCACCGUUCCUGGAGACAAAUUUGCUGCUCUAUCGAUGAUCAAUCUUUUCUAUUCGCUUGGGUGGAAUCAAUUUGCCGUCGUCUACGGGAAUGAUUUUGUAGGGUCUUCCGGGCUUGAUGCCAUCAAUUCUGCUCUGGAAGAAACUUCAAAGUAUGGAUAUAAUCCGUAUCUUUUAUGCGAAGCGACGCUAUCGCCUACCGAAAUUUCGAGUACUUCAGACGAUGUGGAGGUCUUUAUUGAGUGUAUGAAGACAACCAAAGUGCGAGCCAUUAUUCUGUGUGCAAAUCCCUUCGAUGCGGCUUCUGUGAUCACAAAAAUUGUAAAUGCAGGUCCCAGUGUGUUCACUGAUGAAACAAUUUUCUUUGCUCCAUUUUCAUGGGGCGGAUCUGAGACCUCAAUAAAAACGCUGAGUGAGCUCUCCAAUGGAACCAUCACACCAGAAAUUAUGUAUGGGUCCUAUUCACUUGAACCUCGCGCCUUUUCCCAAGCCACUGUUAAAGAGUGUUUGGCAGAGCAGUCCCCCAUGUCAAACUUUGAUAUCGGAUUUUUGCGCUACUGGCAAAAGAACUUUCAAUGCACCCUCAAGGGUUCCCCAAUAUUCAGCAUUGAAAAAUACUUUGAUAGCCUCUCUGAAUCUGAUCUCACCUCAUUGUACUCGAUUUUUUCCUCAAAAUCCGAUAUUUCUUUAAAAUAUUCUACCAAUAGCUCGGCUAUUAAAAACAUAUCCAGCUUGUUAGCAAACGUUUCUAAUGAUUUUGGGCCAAAUUUAGCACCUUAUACGUUCCUUUUAAACAAGAUCUACAUGUUUACCUCUGUUGAAGACCCGAAAACAAAGAAUCUGAGUGUCUGCCAAGAUGUCGAUAACAGGGAUCCCAUCAAUGCCCUGUGUUCAUGCCCAACCACAGACAUCCUAGUCAGCAAUAAGGAACUGAAUCCAUAUGUGAACUACAUAUAUGACGCCACAUAUGUAGUUGCACUUGCUUACAACCAGUUGAUAGCUCCCUGUGGUACCUCUUACCCGUGUGAUCUUCCAUAUUUCACAAAUUCAGAGCUUUUGGCUGCAUUCAAUGAUACUUACUUUGAAGGGCUGACCGGCACCGUUUCAUGGAUUGGGCAUGAAAGAAACUCGUCCGACAUUUCCUUCUACCAAUUUUGCGAAAACGGCAACAAAUAUUUGGUUGGCCUAUCAAAUUUUUCUGGGGUUUAUCUUUUCAAAGAUGAAUUGUGCUUUCGCACGCCAUUUAUCCCAAUGUCCGUAGUUAUCCCAGAAGUGGCCAACUUUUCAAGCACCAUUGGUAUCAUAAUGAGCCUUCUUUUCGUGGUAUGGAUCCUUAUUUGUAUCUUCUUAAUCUUAUUUUUCUAUCUUAAAAAAGAUACCGAGCCUGUUGUGUCUGCAGGGCUUGGCUUUCUUAUGUUCCUUUUAUUUGGCUCCAUUUUAAUUUCCCUGAGUGCAAUCCUGUGGACACUGGAUAGCACAUCCUUCCUUUGCAUUGUGAAAAUCAUUGUCCUGAUAGUCGGGUUUUCGAUGAUGUUUGGUGCCAUUUCAGGAAAGCUCUUCCGCUCGUUUGAGGUCUAUUGUUCGUUGAAGGAGUACAGACAGGGACUCGAUCCUUGUGCUCUUCUUAUCUUUUCAGGGAUGACAUUGGCGGUUAAUAUCUUUUUUUUGGCCAUUAUUUUCCUUGUCUCUGGAACGCCCGUUCCUUCGCUCAAUAGAGAAUCGCCGUCAAGCUUAUUUUUCUACAUUGCGUGCCAAUGCACACGCGAUCCGAAUUUGCAAAAGAUAAUUUCCAUUGUUCAAUUGGCAGUUAACUUGACUUUCAUCCUUGCUGCACUGAUUAUUUCGAUCAGCAUAACGUUGCAGCCUUCGCCGCAUAGUGAAAAUACCUCUAUCGUUGCAGCUCUACUUGACUUGUUCAUCGUUAGUUUGACGCUGGUCAUCAUAUAUUUCAACACUGAGACGAUAACUGGCACCAUUCAGUCGCAAUAUAUUAUCCGAUCCGUUGGAACGAUAUACCUUCUCGUGUUUACACUGUCGAUUCUCAUCAUACCAAAGCUGCUUGCCAUUGCUAGAGGCAAACCAGCUGGAGACUCGGGUGAAUAUGGAGGACUUACCCCAUCAAUCGGACCAGGAGAGACGGAUAACCAGUUCUCGCUUGACUCUUCAACAAUGCCAGAUACCUUUUUAGCAAGUCUAUCAUCCUCCAAUAUAGUAAGGAACCGACGCAAUCGGGAUCGCGGCUCAAAUGUCGAAUUUAUCACCCGCAAUUGUUAG